AUGCGCGGACGGCAGGCAGUGGGUAAGGUAAUCAAGGUGGACAGGGGCGCGGCCGCAAAGAAGGUCAGCGCGAUCGAGCUCCUCCCAAGCGGGCCACCUCCCGUGGGCAGCGAGAAGAUGCGCAGGAGCCAGUCUCGCUGGGACUGCGCCCUACGCAGGUGCACGAAGAACCUCGACGCGCGCAUAUACUGCAAGCGCUGCCUCGAAUGGAAGACCAUCGAGGCGCCCACGAAGGUCGAGACAUUCAUCGGCAUUACCGAGCGGAUGGGGAAACGGCCGACAGCGGACAAGUGCAAGCUUCAGAUCGAGGAGCUGCGAAGAGGCCCAGCAUUCAUUGUCCAAGAGCGCGCCCAGAGAGGCCAUGACCGCAUCCAGCAGCUGGAGGACAUGCUGGGCAGCGAGGUGGACGAGGUGGACCAGUGUCAGACCUGGGUGGCGAUCCAGUCCGCCUGCGCGCGGAAGUCCGAGUCCACGUCGCACGAGGCCGACGCCGAGCGUGCGAAGAUUGUCUCGCAGCUGGCGCGCACGGUGGCAAGGGAGGAGGCACCGAAGCAGGCCGGGGCCCCCAAGGUGCCCCCCGCAGAGGUGGUCGACGGUAGCAGGGGCGUGGCCAGUCUCAUUGACCUCGAAAGUUUCCAGGUCGGAGACAUGGUUGAGCUCGCGCGCGAAGAUGUUCUCCAGAUGGGCGCUCGGAAGGAGCAGCUGCGGCAGCAGGUGCAGGUGGCGACCGAGGGCCUGUUCCAGGACGCGAUGGAGAAG